AUGACGAUCCAUCUUCCUCUGGAAAUCCACACCCAGAUCUUCAAUUAUUUGCUUGAUGAUCUGUAUGAUUCCGAGCGUCCUCAAGAGGCAUUUAAGCUUCGCUUGAUUUCCAAGUCAAUACGAGGUAUUCUUGACCCGGUCUUGUAUAGAAAGAUUAAGUCACCAUCAGACAAUGGAGUGCAUAUUCUUUGCCGCACGAUAAUACCACGGCCUCAACUUGCGGCUCGGGUUGAGGAGAUUCACCUGGAAGAAGACGAAGGGUCGGCAACUGACGAGGAGGAGGAGGAGGAUGAAGAGGAGGUAGAGAAUACGGAUGCAGAUUCCGACUCUGGUUCAGAUUCGAGUGAAUAUUCAGAUUCAAAAGUUCAACAAGCGCGUAAGACAGAAGAAUCAAAGCUCCUAGCCGGAGCAGCAGACCACCUCAAAGGCAAAUUCACUUCUGAUCCUUCUCACUCUCUCGCCUGUAAGACAAACGACCUUUCCUGGCUCGCGCGAUCAACCCGGAAAACCAGACAGUGGCUUCUGCUCUUCCAGCUCUCCAACCUCAAGUCUCUCACAUUAAAAACCCACUCCGACACAUUCACCAACAUGGCCUUAUUUCUUCGUCUUCCCCGCCUGGAGGAGCUAGACUUUGCCGUGCUAGCCCCCGGCCCUGACGGCCCAUCAUGCCACAACUACGCUCCACCCGAGGAGAUCCUAGAGAGCAUAAUCCGCCAUACUGAUCAGCUGAAAUCUCUCAAGUUCGAAGACAUGAGUGGAACAGUCUUCUUCCCUGUCGAGCAUGACGCGCCUAAACUAAAGCGGAUUCUUGAGCAGCACGCCGGGGACACACUUACACACCUCUCCAUCUGCCUCUGCAACAAUGAUGAGAAGGACUGGCGACAGGAGCAGGAGUUCAGCGACAUUAGGGGACAUUUUGGAUCCAUGAAGAAGUUCAGGAGAUUGAAAGGGCUCGUAAUGCAGCUGGAGGUCUUGCUGGGUAAACCCAACGAGAAUGGUGGGCUGACACUCAAGAGCGUACUACCCUCACAAUUGGAGUAUUUCACUGGUUUAAAUCUUCCCGAUUACCAUGGAGCGGAGGAUUCGGAUAGAAUCUGGAAUGAAGAGCAAUAUAUACCGCAAUUUGAGGAUCUGGCUGAAGCCGUUAUGCGAGACGGUCGAGCAUUUCCCUCAUUGGAAUCUGUCAAGAUGCAUCUAGACCGGAAGGAUUACUUUAGUUCUCAUGGGGAGUGUCUUAUGAAAGGGCAGUAUAAUGAUGGAGUGCUGGGUGACUCGCGGAUCUACUUUGGUUUCGUGCGCGGUCCGUACGCUUAUGACGGGCCAGAACGGGAUUAA